AGUUUUAUUAUAGGACACUUACUCAAACUCCGUCAUACAUACAUACAUACAUACAAAUAUUACUGAAUUAUUACAUUAUUAUUUCAAUAAAUAAAUAUUUAUUCCAGUUAACGCACGAGAUAAUAUAGGUAUUGAGCAAAUUACGGAACGCACUCGUUGUUUGACUUGAGCGUAACCGGCCAGACAGGGUUUUGCACUCCCCUCCGUAACAAAGCUUAUUGAUGUAUCUUAACACGGUAUACUCUGUUUUUGAAUGUGGUUCAUUAGUGGUUCUAAACCACUUAUUAAAUGUACAUAAUUAAUAAUUAUAUGUAUACAAUUGUGAUAUGAAGUAGUUUAAUUAAUAAUGACCAAUUUUUUUAAACUAAUGUUAUGGCACCAAUGAUUUAUCCUUUAUAUGGAUUUGCAAUAGUCUUUUUUGUAUUUUGGUGUGCUAUGUGGAUUUUGCACUUAAUAGCAAUAUUCUAUGGCAAAUAUAGACUGCAUAAAAAAAUACCACCCAUUGACUUGGAAAAUCCUCCACCAGGAGUUUCAAUUUUAAAACCACUCAUGGGGGUGGAUCCUAACUUAUCAUCUAAUUUAGAGACAUUUUUUACUAUGAAUUAUCCAAAUUAUGAACUCUUAUUUAGUGUAGAAGACGAGAAGGAUCCAGCAAUUGACUUAGUGUAUAUCUUAAAAUCUAAAUAUCCAAAUGUGGAAGUAAAAAUAUACACAGGAGGUUCGACAGUCGGCGUAAAUCCGAAAAUAAAUAAUAUUAAUACUGCUUAUGAAGCAAGUGCUUAUGAUUUAAUUCUCAUAUCAGACAGCGGAAUUAGAAUGAAAGAAGAUACUUUAUUAGAUAUGGUUAGUCAUUUAUCAGAAAAGACGGGUAUAGUGCAUCAAAUGCCUUUUACGUACGAUAGAAGUGGAUUUGCAGCAACUUUAGAAAAAAUUUAUUUUGGAACUGCACAGGCUAGAAUAUAUUUAACUGCCGAUUUCGUUAAAGCUAAUUGCCAUACGGGAAUGUCGACACUUAUAAGGAAAAAGGUUCUAGAAGAUGAGGGGGGUCUCAAAGCGUUUGGCUGUUAUUUAGCAGAGGAUUAUUUUAUAGCUAAAUAUUUUUUGGACAAUGGCUGGAGAGUGGCCGUUUGCAGUCAACCUGCGUUGCAAAAUUCAGGCACAUGUGACGUUCAUAGUUUUCAAGAACGUCUUUUAAGAUGGGCUAAAUUAAGGGUAGCAAUGAUGCCUCAAUUAAUAAUUUUUGAGCCUCUAUCCGAAUGUGUAGUUAUUGGAGUUUUUGCGGCGUGGGCAACGUCUUAUUUAUUUAAAUUUGAGCCUUUAGUUUUUUAUUUAAUUCACCUAUUAUUAUGGUUUAUAUGUGAUUGGAUCCUUCUAUCUGUCAUACAGAAUGGAACGUUACCGUUUAAUAAAGCAGAUUUUAUUAUUGGCUGGUUAUUCCGUGAAAUGUCGGGUCCUUGUUUAUUUUUAUUAGCCUUUAAAAGUCCAGCCAUACGAUGGCGCAACAGAAUGUUCAAACUAUCCUGGGGUGGCAUUGCUCAGGAGAUUAAUCCCCGCAUCAAAUGUUGAUUAUUUAUUCAGAAUUAAAAUAUAUUCUAUGUAUCUAUUUGUCAUUGCCAAUAUUUAAUUAAUAUAUUUAAAUUAAAUAUAUUACAAUUCUUAAUUUAUGUUACAAAUGACCACAAGAUCUAAUUUUUUAAGUUAAUAAAUUUAAGAUUGAAGUGACA